AUGCCCCCCUCGAAGCUCCGGAUCCUCUGCUUCGGCGACUCCCUCACCGAGGGCUACUCCGGCUGGGGCUCCUGCUUCACCCCCUAUAGCACCAAACUCAAAGAGAUGCUGCGUAUGGCGUUCCCCGAUGUCGACGUGGAGAUAGUAACAGACGGGCUGUCCGGUGAUCUGGUAACAGGUGAAGGGUCGUUUCUGACAAGGAUGGAAUCACACUUCGCCCCAAGGAACCCAGCAGACUACAAACCGUUCAACUGGGCCAUCGUGCUCGGCGGAACCAACGAUCUCGGCAGUGACAUCCACCCCAACCAAAUCUUUGAAAGCCUCACACAGGUCUGGGACGUGGCUCUGAGCCGUAAAUGCAAGGUCCUCGCGCUCACCGUUCCCGAGAUCGGAUCUUCAGCUGGCAGAAUGAAGGAGUUGUUGGACUUUAGGAGGGACAAGUUGAACCAGAUGAUCAAGACCUACAAGAAGCCCAACUACUACACCUUCGAUCUCCACGCCGCCUUCCCCUUCUACGCCAUGUCCGAAGCCGACCGGGAACGUUACUGGGACGACAGCGUUCACUUUACGCCCGCGGGCUACGAUCGGAUGGGAAACAAAAUUGGCGUCACUUUCGUCAAUAUGCUUGUCAGAGAACAAUCGGACAACGACCGGACGCCGAUGGGCAGGAAAAGGAGAAUGUUCAAAGAUGACGAGAAGGUGUUUGAGGAAGAAGAGGACCCGGCUGAGCCAAUAUCGGCUGGGCUUGAUAAAGGAUAUAUCGUUGUUCGUAGGAGGGAUUUGGAUUAA